AAAGGGUGCGGUAGUUUGUUUAUUCGAUGAGCGGCAUUUGGUGACCCCAGAAACAACCUGCCGCCGACCAAAAACCCGUAGUAAUAGAGGUUACAGUUACACACGGAACACCGGUAGUGAACGUUGUGAGGGUUGAAGCCGAAGAGCAAAGCGAAAGUGGUACAAUGGCCGAUGUUAAGUCCGAAAUCGACAGUGACGCGGAGCAGAACUACUCCCUCAACAGCAAUGUGGACCCGAAGAAUAUGCAGGAAUUGACCAUCUAUGUUCAAAAUUUGUUGCAAAACGUGCAGGACAAGUUCCAGAGCAUGUCGGAUCAAAUUAUUUCCCGCAUCGACGACAUGGGCACCAGGAUAGACGAACUGGAAAAGAGCAUCGCAGAUCUUAUGCAGCAGGCCGGUGUCGAAGGACAGGAUAAGUAGGCCGUUUCACCGACGACGGGGCACUUCCUGCCUAGUUACGAGGCAAUCAUUCUUCGACCCUUAUUCAGCGUAAGUGUGCAGGAGAAACACGUAAAGAAUCGUCAUGGAAAAAUAUGAUUUAAGCGCGGCGGUAGAAUGUAAUCGGUAAUCGGUUCCAGGUUUGCAUUUCUUUUCUCAUGAGCAAAGUCCAACGAAAUCAUCGGAGGAAUACUUUUUUUAUUGUACACGAAUCACACGAUUGAAUAAAUUAAUACACCACCUGAAUGAGCG